AAUAUUCUGGGUCAUGUCGUUCCACUCCUCUUGGCUGUAGAUAUUGACGAAUGUGGAACUGGGAGGCACAGCUGUGCCAAUGACACCGUUUGCUUCAACUUGGACGGUGGAUACGACUGCCGGUGUCCCCACGGGAAGAACUGCACGGGAGAUUGCGUGCAUGAUGGGAAAGUCAAGCACAACGGCCAGAUCUGGGUGCUGGAAAACGACAGGUGCUCUGUGUGCUCCUGCCAGACUGGAUUUGUUAUGUGUCGACGGAUGGUCUGUGACUGUGAAAAUCCUACAGUUGACCUUUCCUGCUGCCCUGAGUGUGAUCCAAGGCUAAGCAGCCAGUGCCUACAUCAAAACGGGGAAAUCGUGUACAACAGUGGUGACACCUGGGUCCAGGAUUGCCGCCAGUGCCGCUGCUUGCAAGGAGAAGUUGACUGCUGGCCCCUGGCUUGCCCAGAGAUAGAGUGUGAAUUUAGUGUCCUUCCUGAGAACGAGUGCUGCCCACGCUGUGUCACCGAUCCUUGUCAGGCCGAUACCAUCCGCAAUGACAUCACCAAAACCUGCCUGGAUGAGAUGAAUGUGGUUCGCUUCACUGGGUCUUCCUGGAUCAAGCAUGGCACAGAGUGUACCCUCUGCCAGUGCAAGAAUGGCCACGUGUGCUGCUCGGUGGAUCCACAGUGCCUUCAGGAGCUGUGAAGACAACUGCCUCGUGGGAGAUACCUGUUCAAAGAAUGUUUUCUCGUUUAGAAAGACCAAAAUAAAUACAUAAAUAAAUAAAAAGUGAUGUGUGGUCAGGCGAAUGCAACUUUGUUAACGGCUGGACGGACUAAUGUGGAUUAUGAGAUUUGUGAAGCCUGAGGAACGUCUCUGAGGGAAACUGGAUGACACAGUUCUGCCUUUGCUGUCGCUGGGAUCACCUUACGGAAGAACUGGGUGUGGAGCGCAGGCCAUGACAUCCUCACCCCUGGAUAAGAAGCCUGAGCCCGUUCAGCUCUGGGAAAGCCUCUUGCUCCGCAGGCGCAGGCGCAGGGCAUGUUCUUCCAUCUCAGACUCUCCCUGAAUCAGCGAGGUUCCUCACUGAAAGAGUCAAACGUGAGGCGGCGGUGGCGAGUGAGUUAUAUUUUCAGAAUCCAAGAAGCUGAUGCAUCUGUACAGUGCACUCCGAAACCCGAAACAAGCUAUUGUAAUGAUAAAUAACGCACAGGCAUGGUUACGUAACAUUUUCUAACAGGAAAAAUCACCCCCCCCCUCAUUUCCUUGUUUACUGCACUUAAUAUUAUUUGGUUGAAUUUGUUCCGUAGAAGCUCGUUCUUGUGCAAAAUAAAAUAACUAUUUCUCUUACCUUA